CCUUACAGUCGAGAAUGUUUUCGCUGAGCUCAGAUUGCGUCAUGGUCUCUACAAAGGAGAUGGACAAGCAUUCACUCGCUUCUUUCACAGAUGUGGAAGAGCUUGAGAAGGUCAACAAAUUGAACACGGGACCACAAGUCUGGCUGAACAACUGGACUCCCGUCAAUCGUGCUUGCAAGACCUUCACCGUAACCUCCCCUUCACCUCCGUUGUCUGAACCUGGGAAUGAAAAUGAAAUCCCAUCCCCUUUCGCUAGUCCACUUCGCGAGUUCAUUCUCAGCUCAGCAGAAAAGAUGAAACAAACCUCAACUACACGCAAGCGAAAAGCACCCUCACUAUCACCAACAACCGCACGGAAGAAGAGAGCUACCGAAUCAUCAUUGAAGAAAAGCAACGUCGAGCUGGCCAAGUCGCCUACAUUGAAUUCUAAGUCAAUCCACCACGAGAAAUCCCUUGGAGCUGGUCAAGAGAUGGCCCAAAUUACACGAUCUGGCGACACUCCUCUUAUGCAUACUUCACAGAACAAACUCAACAUGAGGAGCUCCGGUACCACCUUGGAUCCGAUGACAACUGACUUCUUCGACUACCCCCAGGAGUCCCCUUUCCAAUUCAAUGUCUACUCUGCGAAACCCCCUGUCGCGGCGAACGGUCGGAACAAUAACGCGAAUCAGGAUGAUGAUGAUGAUGAUCUUUUUGACGAUGACGACUCUGACAUCGCAGAUCUCCUCGCUGCUGAGGCGGAAUUGGCCAAGGAGCAAAAGAAUAGCACACAAUACAAGGCGCCAAACGACAAAAACAGCUCGUUCAAAAGUCUUUUGACACAGUUCAGCUUCGGCCGGGAAUGGACGACCACCGCAGCGUCAGUCAGUUCAAGCAACCCUCUACCAGAUAUGAAACCGUUCCUUCGCUCCGUCAAAUACCCGACCAAGAUCCCGGACAAGCCAACUGAGAUAUCACAGCAGAUUUUCUCAACCGAAUACCGACUUCCGACUUGCUUCCGCAUUGCUGAGGCGCUCAGACAAAUCAACUCCCUCAACACCUCAGAUGAGAACAGCUUCUUGCGUCUUGAGAUCUACGCGUUGCUGCCGGUUAACUACGAAUAUCAGCCGCCGAACAUCCCUCUUCGUUUCGCUGACGUGUUCUUUCCUGACCGUCCACCAUACCUUGCCGCCUCAAUUACCCAAGCAACGGUUUACAAGUCAGCCUCGUCGCGCAAAGGACAGUCGAUCCUGUCGCCACGUCCGGCAGAAAAUGCAAAUCGUGUACCGGUACACGCUAUGAUUCUGGCCACUAGGAAAGAAGAUUAUCCAUCAGUUACGACCUCUCCAUCCGGCAUACUGGACAAAGUCAACCUCGAGGUAUUGCAUGUCAAAGAAACGAGCUGGGAGAUCAUCAGAGAAGUGCGCAAGAUCCUGGAUGCAGUUGUCAAUGAAACCAAGGAGGGCGAGCAGAACAAGCACAUAUGAUUGUCACAUGCCUCCGGAUCUCUCGAAUCUGUGAAACAGCAGCUAAGUUCGUAAAGAGGACUGGAACCCAAGGUGUCCUAUGUUAGCAACGUGGCAGGAAUUGGUCCAUA